CUGCACGAAGUUUUGUUUAAUUUGGUAUUGAAAGUAGAAUCGUUUGAAAUUAUUGUUCGAUUACUACGCUUGUAACGUAGAAAACGCAUAAUUUCGCUAUGGAUAAGCCUCAGAAAAUGCCCAAAGUGGCAAAGGUCAAAAACAAAGCUCCGGCGGAAAUUCAAAUAACAGCUGAGCAGCUGCUCCGGGAGGCAAAGGAACGAGAUUUGGAAAUUUUACCACCGCCACCGAAGCAAAAAAUUUCCGAUGCCGCCGAAUUGGCCGACUAUCAGCAGCGGAAGCGCAAAACAUUCGAGGAUAAUUUGCGCAAAAAUCGAAUGGUGGUCAGCAACUGGAUCAAAUAUGCCCAGUGGGAAGAAUCACAGAAGGAGAUUCAACGGGCUCGGUCCAUUUGGGAGCGAGCGAUUGACAAUGACCACCGGAACAUUACCAUUUGGUUGAAGUACGCGGAAAUGGAAAUGAAGAAUCGACAGGUUAAUCAUGCCAGGAAUCUGUGGGAUCGAGCUGUGACGGUACUACCGAGGGUAAAUCAAUUCUGGUAUAAAUACACUUAUAUGGAAGAGAUGCUGGAAAAUGUUGCUGGGGCGAGACAGGUCUUCGAACGCUGGAUCGAAUGGCAACCGGAGGAACAAGCGUGGCAAACGUAUAUAAAUUUUGAACUUCGCUACAAGGAGAUCGACCGAGCCAGACAAAUCUACGAGCGUUUCGUGAUGAUUCAUCCAGAGGUAAAAAAUUGGAUCAAAUUUGCUCGGUUUGAGGAAUCACAUGGGUUUAUACACGGGGCUCGAUCGGUGUAUGAGAGAGCAAUUGAAUUCUUCGGUGAAGACCAUGCUGAUGAACGUCUUUUUAUCGCUUUUGCUCGCUUUGAGGAAGGGCAGAAGGAACACGAUCGUGUUCGGGUUAUUUACAAAUACGCUCUCGAGCAUUUGCCAAAGGACAGAACAGGAGAGUUGUACAAGGCAUACACCAUUCACGAGAAAAAAUACGGCGAUCGAUCUGGGAUCGAGGAUGUGAUUGUGUCAAAAAGAAAGUUUCAGUACGAGCAAGAGGUGGCCGAAAACCCCACCAACUAUGACGCUUGGUUCGACUAUUUGCGGUUGGUAGAAAAUGAAUCCAAUACUGAGCUUAUCCGGGAAACGUACGAGCGAGCCAUCGCAAAUGUUCCUCCAGCGAAGGAUAAAAAUCUGUGGCGAAGGUACAUCUACCUGUGGAUUAACUAUGCCUUGUACGAAGAACUGGAAGCAGAGGACUUGGAACGCACCCGCCAAAUUUACAAAACUUGUCUUGAGUUACUCCCUCACAAGAUAUUCACAUUCAGUAAAAUUUGGCUGUUGUACGCUCAGUUUGAAAUCCGCUGUAAAAAUUUGAAAGUAGCUCGGAAAACUUUGGGAAUGGCAAUCGGAAUGUGCCCUCGCGAUAAAUUGUUUCGGGGCUACAUCGAUUUGGAAAUUCAACUACGAGAAUUCGAUCGAUGCCGAAUUCUGUACGAAAAAUUCCUUGAAUUUUCUCCGGAAAAUUGCAUAACAUGGAUGAAGUUUGCCGAGCUGGAAUCUCUUCUGGGAGAUAUUGACCGGGCCCGUGCCAUCUACGAGUUGGCUAUUCAGCAGCCCCGAUUGGAUAUGCCGGAGCUGUUGUGGAAGAGCUACAUCGAUUUCGAAGUGCAGCAAACUGAGUUUGAAUUCGGUCGACAACUGUACGAAAGAUUGCUGGAACGAACCACCCACGUGAAAGUGUGGAUUUCCUAUGCUAAGUUCGAAAUGGCUGCUGAAAGCGAAGACGAUAUGAAUGUGGCCCUAUCACGGCGGGUUUAUGAGCGAGCUAACGACAGCUUGAAGAAUGCCACAGAGAAGGAAUCGCGGGUGUUGAUUCUCGAAGCAUGGCGAGAUUUCGAAAAAGAGCAUGGCGAUGAAGAUAGUUUGCGAAAGGUGAUGGCGAAGAUGCCUCGCAAGGUCAAGAAGCGUCAGAAGAUUAUAUCGGAGAGUGGCGUGGAAGAAGGCUGGGAGGAAGUUUUCGAUUUCAUAUUCCCUGAGGAUGAAAUGGCUCGACCAAACCUGAAGUUGCUUGCCGCGGCUAAGAACUGGAAGAAACAAAAGGCGGUUACUCCCGAUACUAAUGCUGAGAGUGCUUCAGCAACAGAUAGUAUUAGUAAAAGCAAUUCGGGAACGGAAAAACAGAUAGAAGCGUAAUUCAAAUAAACGAUUUUAAAUAAAAGAAAAA